GGGCUUUUCGUUGGCCUCUGGGGACCAUCAACCUACCACGUCUGCAACUGAGAGAGGUCUAGAGAGGAGCAUCAACACAGCCAGGCACAUGACCAAAGGAGAAGAACAGGAUUAGGAACAAAGAAGGAAAGAAAUUACGAAAAUACGGAAUGAAAAGCGUAUGGUUUAAGGACCAGCCGGAGAACUAAAAAGUGCACCCGACAUAGUCGCUUAGCAGAGUUGUCCAACCGCUAUUCCUCUCAACGUUUAGAAUAGACAGGAUCAGCGUCAGGGCGGCUAGAUGCAGUAGCCAACUUAUAAAUAUAUUGCAAAUGCUCAGGCCUAUUUUUAUCCCUUAAAGUGGAUGCAACCAUUUGUCACUCCAAUAACUUAUUUUCUUACCACGUUUCACUUGCUGCAAUGUUCUGACAAAUAGAGAAAAAAACGGACCGACAGAAAAGUAGGCAAUAGGGAAAGCAAUCGGGGGCACAGAUUCAUAACUUUACCAUUUGAAGUCGGCCGACGAAUGGCGUCCCGGAGAGACACGCUCGAGUUGUUGCUCGUGUUCGCAUGCUGGCUGUGCGCCCACGGAGCUGCACCCAGGCAAGAAGUCAAAGCAGAGACAUGGCUGCAGCAGUAUGGGUACCUUCCGCCGGGUGACCUGCGCACGCACACUGCACGCUCUCCAAACUCAAUCACCUCCGCCAUCUCUGCCAUGCAGAGGUUCUACGGCCUGAAGAUCACCGGCAGCAUUGACCCAAAAACCCUAGAGGCGAUGAAAAGGCCGCGCUGUGGUGUCCCAGAUAAGUUCGGCGCGGAGCUAAAGACAAACCUGAGGAAGAAGCGCUACGCUAUCCAGGGACUGAAGUGGGAAAAGAACGAAGUCACAUUCUGUAUACAGAACUAUACUCCCAAAGUGGGAGAGUAUGAGACCCAUGAGGCUAUCCGAAAAGCCUUCAAAGUCUGGGAGCGCGUGACCCCGCUGCGGUUCCGCGAGAUCCCCUACAGCCACAUACGGGACAAGGUCGAGAACUUCGCCGACAUCAUGCUCUUCUUUGCCGAUGGUUUCCAUGGCGACAGCAGCCCCUUCGAUGGCGAGGGCGGAUUCUUGGCGCACGCAUACUUCCCUGGCGCAGGCAUCGGAGGGGACACACACUUCGAUGCAGCUGAGCCGUGGACUAUUGGCAAUCGGGACCUUUUAGGUAAUGACGUGUUCCUGGUGUCCGUGCAUGAACUGGGCCAUGCCCUUGGUCUGGAACAUUCCAACGACCCCUCUGCCAUCAUGGCUCCGUUCUACCAGUGGAUGGACACAGACAACUUUGAGCUGCCCGAGGAUGAUCGCCGAGGAAUUCAGCAGCUCUAUGGGUCAGGCUCUGGGGGUCAUCCUCGCCACCCCAUCACCCCACGCACACCCCACCACCCUCCUGAGACCACUCACCCACCUCGCAGACCCGGGGGCCCCCGCUACGGCCCUGAUGUCUGUGAGGGCCACUUCGACACCAUGGCCAUCCUUAGAGGAGAGAUGUUUGUCUUUAGGGAUAAGUGGUUUUGGCGAGUGCGUAGCAACAGAGUCCUGGAUGGAUACCCCAUGCCCAUUGGGCACUUUUGGCGCGGCCUGCCUUCAAACAUUAAUGCAGCAUAUGAACGGGAUGAUGGGAAAUUUGUUUUUUUCAAAGGGGAUAAAUAUUGGGUGUUCGCCGAGUCUAACCUAGAGGUUGGCUACCCUAAGUCACUGAAGGAACUGGGCAAUGGACUCCCCAAGGACAGGCUCGACGCUGCCCUCUUCUACACCCCGACUGGCAUGACCUACUUCUUCCGAGGAAACAAAUAUUAUCGCUUUAAUGAGGACACACGCUCCGUGGACCCCGACUAUCCCAAGCCUGUCAGCGUCUGGCAGGGAGUUCCUGACAACCCCAAAGCAGCUUUCAUGAGCAGAGACCAAGGUUACACCUACUUCUACAAAGCCAACAAGUACUGGAAGUUCAACAACCAGCAGCUGCGUGUGGAACCUGGCUACCCCAAGUCGGCACUGCGGGACUGGAUGGGCUGCCCUGAUGAGGAUCCCAAGACGGGUGGACGUGGCGGCGAGGACGACAAGCCCGAAGAGGACAAGCCCGUAGACAAGCCCGACAGGAGAGGGGACCCAGACCGGACGCAGGACGAGGAGGAGACGAAGGAGGAGACGGAGGUGGUCAUCAUCAAGUUUGAGGAGAAGGGCGGCAUGGGCAGUGGGGUCGGGGUGGUGGCCGUGGCACUGCCACUCAUGCUGCUGGCGUGCGUCAUCUUCACACUGGGAGUGCUGCUCUUCUUCCGCAGGAACGGCUACCCACGACGCCUGCUCUACUGCCAGCGCUCCCUCUUGGACAAGGUUUAAACGAGCCGGGGAGCCAGAGAGAAAGACAGAGAGAGGCAGAGAGAGAAAGGAGGAAGAGAUGGCAGAGAAGGGAGGAGGAAAGAGAAGUCGAAGAGAGAGAGAGAAGACAGGAGAGAGGAGGUGUGAGAGCUUGAUGGCGAAGAGAGGAAAAGAAAACAGAAGAUCAGUGCCUGUGGCGAUAAUGUAGCUAACUAUUAAAAUCAAAUCUGAAACACUUCAAAAAAGGGGGCCAGGCACAGCUAUACGUUACUAUCAACACACGCUCUGCACAGAAUCACAGCCACACAACGAAAUGAUACAAGAAGAAGAAAGAACAAAAAUAUCAAACUCUAAGACAGCAAAAUUCAGCAUUUAAUGUUGGGCAUUUCCAUUGUACUCAUUGCACUCAGAUCAUGUUAGCCCUGUCUUUGCUAAGAUUACAGGCAGAUGAUUUCUGGUUAUCCUUCUCUCCUCUUCUUUUGUUCCUCUCCCCUCCUCUCUGGCUGCUUCUGCCCUCUCUGAGUGUAGUUGACGCCAGCUGAUCGCUGUUUGUUUAGCCAUUUUUAUAGUUGCUGUUGUUGUUUGUUUGUUUUUCAUUGUGAACUGUAUCCAUGACUACAAGCCCACAGUCAUCAGUCUCCAGUAUUGCAAGCAUGUUGUACGAAGGGGAAAUUGUAAUCAAAAUGGAGACGUCUCCUUGCAUGGUAAACGCCGUGGAGAAAGCCAAAUGUUCAUUGCAAUUCAUUUGUGAUUUUAAGUGUGGGUCUUCAGGCCUCAUUUGUUGCACAUUUCAUAUAAAGUUACACCUAAGACACACACACACACACACUCACACACACACACACACGCUCUCACACACACACACACACACGCACACAUAAAUGCAUUCACAGGGCAAUGUGUGUCCUGUAAAGCAAUCAAAAAACAAAGAACCAGAGCCAGUAUUGUGUUUUUACUAAGUUCCUGCCCCAACCCAUGGUUUUCCCACACUAAAUGCUGAAAUGUUUGUCCUGUGUCCUGUACUACCACAUAAUAUUGUACUGUAAUGUUAAUGGCUAAUGACUAUUAUAAAUAUAAAUGAUAAUGUCAUUAUUAUUAUGACUAUUAUUAUUGUUGUUGUUCUCCUUGUAAAGACUGUUGUUUUUAACAUUGCAAUUAAAUGUCCUGCUGGACAGGCAAUUAUGAAGUGGCCUUUAUUUUGGGAAGUGAAGGGGUGGGAUGUGUUUUGAAAUCUGUUUUUUUACAUCUCAAAAAUAAAUUGAAAAUAUGAAAGUAA